AAGCUAGACCUACUUUUAUAUUCUCAAACUCACCACAGGUUCCCAGCCGUCUUCGCUUUUCAUUUUUCUCAGUCUCCUCUCUUUAGUCUCUACUCGCGGCACCUCGACGGCCAUCGCCUCGCCUCCCUCUGUCACGAACUCACAGCUCAUCUCCCUCGAUUCUACCAUUUAGGACGUCUAGCCUCACGUCUCCAGUCUCGACACCCUCUCUCUCUCUCUCUCCCGGUCGGUGAACUCGAUGCCAACCAGCUGAUCCGUCCAUCCACCAUCUCUCAGUCUCGGCUUCUCUCUCACUCCGUCACUAUCUCGGCAUCUCUUUCUCGUCUAUGGAGGUAAAAGCGCAUAGCAAUAUUGUGAGCCGUACUGACAUGGAAAAAGAGAAUCCUAGUGUAAAGAUAAAGGUGUUGUUCUUUGCCAGAGCUCGAGAUCUUACCGGCUUAACUGAGACACCAUUGGAGGUUCCAUCAGAUAGUACAACUCGUGACUGUUUAAGCAAGAUUAUGACUAGUUUCCCACGCUUACAAGAGAUUAAAAGUUGCAUCGUUGUUGCUUUGAACGAGGAAUACACAACUGACUCGGCCAUUGUUAAAGACAAAGAUGAGUUGGCCAUCAUACCUCCUAUAAGUGGAGGCUGAAUGAAGCUAAAUUUAAUAAUAAAUGUUCGAACAAUUCACAACAUUGUUCCAUAUAAAAAAUAAGUAAAAAAAAGAGCUUGAAAAUGCAAUAGAUACCCUGGCUGGUAACAUUGGUAUUUGUAAAAAACCCUUCCAAAUAAUUUUCUGUUAUCAGUAUUUAAGUCAAUAGCCCUUCAUUCCAACA